AUUGCGGUGUUACUUUGCAUUGUUUUCUUGAAUAAUUUGGAUAUUUUCAACGUUUUGACAGUUUAUAUCGCUGAUUUCAUGAAAAAGUGCAAUCGAUAAUGGCAGAUCACGAGAAAUAUUUACAAGAAUUAAAAGAUUUGUUGGCGAUUGGUGCGAAUUUGGCAAACGAUUAUCAUGAACGUAUUGUGGAAUGCGUCGAAUUACAACGCUUGCAGAUGUUAAAUCAGCACAUGUUGACUUGUUUGAAAAUCCACACACAAGAAAUUUCAAAAGCGGGAAACCAUAAUAUUGAUGACAUCAACGAAAUUUCUCAUGCACAGGCGGAUUUUUCAUACAAACUUGAUACAAUGGCCAAAUACAGUCAGUGUGGCAAAGAAGAGGUAGAAAUUGUGCGUCAACUCAAGGCCAACAUUGAGGCAACCAAGAAUGAGAUAAAUAAAAUCAAAGCAGAAUUGGCACUAACCGAAGAGACUCAACAGAUGAAUCGUGAAAGAAAUGCAUCCGCACAUUCACCGGCUCGAAAGUGAUAGCCUCAAUACAACAACAUGACAGUCAUUUAGCGAACUACACAUUUUCAAACAUUUUAAUACUUGCCCAUGUGAUCAUUUCUUGUUUAAGCCCGUAUUUUUAGAUCAGUUCCAAUAAACUACUUGAAGUUUC